AUGACACAACAGGACGACCUGUUCGACGACGUACUCCACGUCGAGAGCCGUUUCUACAACCAAGGAUACAACGACGGCCUACGAGACGGAGGGCAGUCCGGCCUGGCCGAGGGCCGAGCAUUCGGUCUACAGAAGGGGUUCGAAAAGUUCCUCGAGAGCGGCCGUCUGGCCGGCAAGUCUGUCAACAAUGCGCGGUUGGAGAAGAAUAUAAGCUCGCUGUAUGCCCUCGUGGAUCCCAAGACGGUGUCGAUUGAGAACUCAGAUACGGCGGUGCAGGAUUUCGACGACCGGUUAAAGAAGGCGCAGGGGAAGGAGCGCAUCAUCGACAGGAUAGUUGGGGGUGCGAAUAAGGCUGCAGGUGGAUCCUUGUGA